GUCGUCUUUCCCAGCUUCCUCUGCACUUCCUGCUUCAGACCGCAGAAGUGUCUGACUGGACGAAAACAAGAUGCGACAGUUAAUUUAGCGGAUGAGCUGUGAUCUAUGACAGCGAUAUUGAGACUUUCGGACACGUUUAUGACCGCUUAAUUUAAGUGUCAUCUCUGUGUUACCGGCAGUAAUAAAAAAUUAACCAUGCAGUUCUCUCCCACCAAUGGAGACUUUACGUUCGUCUCUUCGACGGAGGCUGAAGGUAAGCUUAAGCCAACACGGGUUCUCGGCUAGCAGGCCCUGGGCGGUUAAUAGACAACCUUUAUUUGACUUUCCACGGAACAGCUCAGUCGACAUGGAUAAUGUAUUAUAAAGGAUGGCUGCAGGCUUGUGUUUGCCGACUGUGCUUUUAGAAAGGCGUACCUUCAUCAUCAUAAACUGGAGCGCUGUCCUCGGCUAACACUUCACUGUAACGAUAUGUGUCGCCCAUGAACGAAGGCAUCAAACAUCAUUAAAAUCUUUCAAAACCUCUGCUACCGUCAAAGUUAAGAGGCUUUUGACAAGGCAGGGAGAUAUGUUUAUCAUUUAGCUCUGAUGAUACACAGUAGUGUCCACAGCUAUCUUCAAAAUGUUCGGAUAUGUUAACGUUGAGCGCUUGCUUUCACCUUGUUUUCACCGGUCCCGCAAACUUUCCACCACCUACCGCAGCCAAAUAUACUAGGAUAGAGAAAAUAGGAAACAUAACAUAAUGACGUGCAACACAUUUCAGCCCUAGCCUAUAUGUCAGCACAAAAAAGCACAAAACAAUGUUGAAAUGUUGAAGCUGAGAGAGUUUAUUGUUCUUGGAAAUGAUAUGCCUCUUAAAGCGGAUGCCACCAACGUGCCCCUCUCAUAUCAACAUGCAGAGCGGGGUCAUAAAGAUGAACCCUGCAGACAUACGAUCAUUUUAAGUGAGGCUCAAACUGCUUCAUGUGGAAGUGCUGCAACAAGAAAACUAGACAGACUCUCAGAGUCCAGUUUUCUGCAUUAAUGUUGUAGUUGAGUAAGAAAGAAUGUCCACACGAUCAGGUGUCAGUCAGAAAACAGCGGAAACAACGCUGACAGUAGCCACUCAUUUUUACUUUACAUAGAUGGAGAACUUUUUAAAUCCUUAAGUAAACAUACAGAGCUGCCUCAGCUUAAGUGCAGAGGCCUAACGUCUUUAACAGAAACACUGAUGUUAUCAAAAUUGUUACAACAAAUAGUUUCAGCCCCAGGUUAUUUCGAUUGCAGCAAGAAUGAAAGAAGACUUUAGCCCACUCUAUAUUUCAAAUACCUUUAAUCCCUUAUUUGUCAUUGCACGGCCAUGUGUGAGUUCAGUUACAAUCCCUCUCUGCGCCACUGAUGAAGUGAGUGUUAGCUAUUAUGUCCAUGCUAUUUUAGUUUUCUGUAGAGAUUGCAGUAGAGAUUAUUCAUUAUUUUUUUAAGAUUUCCACCUAGAUCCUAGUCAGUUUGGGUUGUGCGUUGGAGAUGAUUCAGUUGUCCUGAUAGAAUUAAUAGUUAAAGUAUGUAUAACAUGCUCCACAGCAGUUUUAUGGUCAAAGAGAGUGCUCUAAAGCAUACAUUUUCUCAGCAGAGCUCAGCGGCACCAUCAGUGCCCCAGACAUCAAACUAAACAUGGGCAAUGAGGGUUGCAAAGAUCCAUACGCCACCACCUUCCUGAGGCAGCGGGGCUAUGGAUGGCUGCUGGAGGUGGAGGAGGAUGAUGGUGAGGAGAGCAAACCUCUUCUGUGAGUACAUGUUGUGUUCUUGUCACUCUUGUGUCUUGUGCAUGGCAAAAAAAAAAAAAACUGUUUUUUUUUUUUUUUUACAACCUGUACAUAAAAAAGUCAACAUUACUUAACACGUACCAACAGUAAACAUACUGCUGACAGAAAUAAAAGGAAUGAUAUGCAGGAUUUUUCUCAAUAUAUAGACCCAGAUGAAAUCAUUCGCUUGUGUGUAACAGGGUUGAUAGUAAUUUGAACAUCUUUGUGACAGGCCAGAAAGAAUGAAUAAAUGUUAAUGUUUGCUUGCCUUCCUCCUCGCUGCCUAAUGCUGGGCUUACGCCAAAUGAUUUUCACAGUCCCAGGCUAAAAACUGAAAGUCAUAAGUAAAUCUAUGAGUUUUACUUGAGUCACAGCGGAGUCGCAGCUCGCUCCCUUUAUCUCGAACAGCAAGUUUUUGUCCCUCUUCCAACUCUAAGAUGUGAACUCUCGAUUUGAUGUGGAUGUGGUGGCAAUUUUUUCUUGUCAAAUGAUAAAAAUAAAACUUAAAAUCAGUCACAGGGCACAGUUGAGUGGAUCAAACACAAGAUAAAAACUGCAAAAAUUCAAUUUCCUUCUUUAGCAUUUUAUUUAGCAAAGAGGUCUUUCACCAAAGAUUUGUCAUCCUUGGACUCAAGUAUCUCCUUUUCCAUCCGUCCUAUCUUGACUGCCCAUCUUUCUCUAUAUUACCUGUCUCACUACUGUCCUUAUGCACUAUAACCACUGCAGUCGUUUUCACCACCAGGCCUUACCAAUAUAGGUGGAGGGUAGGGCUGUAACGAUACACUAAUCUUGCGAUACGAUACGAUAUAUUUGGCUCACGAUACGAUAUAUAUCACGAUAUUCCGCUCACGAUACGAUUCGAUACGAUUCGAUACAAUUCGAUACACUUACAUCAUUUUCUGAAAGAUUUGAAAGUGAAAGAGUGAUUUUGUUAACAUCUUGUGAGUGUUCCAUUGACUUGGAUUGAAUAUGAACAAUAUAUGGCUCUGACUGGCAACUUGCAAAUGCUGGACAAAAUGAAUCAAAGAUGUGAUGAGAUCAUUUGUUUCAUUUAUUGAAACUCAGUGCAAAUAUUAGCUUACAAGCUUACAAUACUGAACGUGAGGUAGCUAUUAAAAUUGUACCCAUCUCUUAGCAGACUAGCAUAAGGCCUGUAAACUCUGACCAAAAAGUGAACACUAAACACAAAAACUCUCCACAUAACUGCAGACCAAGUGAUCUACAUUCUCUUCAGAUUUUUGUUCAGGAAUAGAAUCUGAUCAACGUGCUCUGGAAGAAGUGCACUUCUCUGAGCAGUGAUGAUAUCUCCGGCGGUGGAGAAAACCCUUUCUGAGGAGACACUAGUAGCAGGAAUGCAAAGGUGUCUCUAAGCAAGCUUUGACAAGAGUGGAUACUCAAACUGGUGCUCCUUCCACCAGACCAGUGGGUCUUCUUUCACUUCCAAGAGAUCUGCCUGCUUGUAGCGGGUCAUCUGCUCCUUGGCUUCAUCCUCUUGCUUAUUUGUCUUGGAUGGUGCUACACCACCUCCUCCAUAACGUUCACCAAGAAGGGCAGCCAGUGGACAAGAUGGCCUUGGAUUUCUGGGUCGAGGACCCUGACCUUCAAAUAAAUAAACAAUAAAAACAAAAACACAUUAAAUAUGAAUAGUUAAGCACAUUCUAUAAGUCCUACACAGUGGUUCCAGACAACACAGUGCACUUCAUUGGAUAACGAUGGGUGAUACUGAUCUUGACUGUUCUCUCCCUUCUUGAAUUGCUCACCAUCAUCUACAGCCUCUUCUUCGGAUGACAUCCCCUCAUCAUCUGUUAUAGCAUUUUCUGUCCUUUCUUCCUUCACAUUCUACAUCAAAUGAAUCAACAUGAAAUGAAAUUCAUUGCUUUAACUCCAAAAAACUUUUAAUUACUAUAUUUAAUAACUAUGCCAUUAAAAUUGUUAACAUAGUAUUUAUACUUUUUAAACUAUUUAAUAUUUAUCCAUUUUAAACUGUUAAUAGUAUUUAUGCUUUUUAAACAAUCAAAUAUGUACCCAUUUUAAACUGUUAACAUUGUAGGAUUUGCCUUUUAAACUUUGAACAAUGUAUUAUUUAGGCAUAUGCUUACUCUCUGGAUUGCCUUACCUCAGAUGGCUGCAUGCUCAGUCUUGCAGCCUGAACAAUCAGUUCAUCAUAAACUUCCUGUCUUUCGUCCUCAGUCAGGAAGGGAAGACUUUUGAAUCUUGGAUCCAUUGCUGAAGAUGCAUGGAGAGUUGGCUUGAGGUUGAUGUACCUCUUCUGAAGAUCAGCAGCCAUGGCAGCCUUCAUCUCUUUUAUGACUGGAGAUUCACCUUCGGUUGUUUUCAGUCCGUUGAUCAAUGUGUCCUGGAGGGGUGCAACAACUGACAGUGUAGGGGUCUUCUCCUUGGACAUGUACUGUGUAGCCUCCUUCAUGGGCUUCAGCGCGCUGACUACUUCUUCAGCUGUUGUCACAUCUGACUCGGUCAGUGUGUACAGAUCCUUCUCUGUCUUCCUCACCUCACUGGUGAGCAGGGCUGCACAUAUGGCUGGCUGUUGCUCGAGGAAUCUUUCCAACAUGUGCGCACUGUUCCAUCUGUAGUUAAAUUCAAGUAAGAAAGUAUUUAUAGACCAAUAGCAACCUUCACACGGCAUGGCUGCACAGAAUGCUGCUUUACAUUAAUGACAAAAUAAAUUAAUAAUAAAAUCAAAAUAAACAAUUACAAUAAUGUUGAUUAAUGUGCACCAUCUCUGUAAAAACAAAACUAAACAAAACAAAAAAAUAUAUAUAUCAAAUUUAGAAAAGUAACCAUGCACAAACCUGGUAACCACGUCCAUCAUCAGUGUGUGUCUUGGUAGUUGUAGAAGCCUUUGCUUCUCUUUCAGCAUGUGAUUUGCUGUGGUGCUUCGCCUGAAGAAGUUCACAAUGCGUCUCACUCUUCCCAACAGACGUGCGACUGCUGUAACUUUGAGGGCACGUUGUGCAGCCAGAUUGAGGGUGUGUGCGUAACAUUUUACAUGCAGAGUGAACGCUGCCUCCUCAGCUGCUACAGUCAUAUUCGCCGCGUUGUCAGUUACAAUCACUGGAUCCUUCUCCGUGAUUUCCCACUCAGCGAGGGCCUUUCGCAGAAGUUCUGCAAGGUUCUGUCCGGUGUGGCUCUCGGGCAUGUCCCUAGUUUGUAACACAUAGGUAACAAGCUCCCAUUCUUCGUUUAUAAAGUGAGCCGUGACGGUGACAUGUGCCUCUGUUGUUCGCGAGGUCCACCCGUCGCACGUCAGGGCAACUCUCUCCGCACGGGCCAGGGAGGCUUUGACGUGUGCCUUCGUCUCAGCGUACAACUUGGGCACACAAACAUUAGUGAGGUGUUGGCGGCUAACGAUAGGAUAGCGGGGCUCCAUCGCGUUCACCAUGCGUCUGAAGCCGGUGUUUUCCACCACCGAAUAAGGUCUCAAAUCCUGACAAAUAAAGUAGGCGAUGGACUCCGUAAUUUUUUGCGCCCUCUGCGAAGAUGCUGGGAACUUGUGGACCCAACUGCUGUCACUGCCCAGCGUGGUUUGUUUCGGGUCACGAGGCUCGCCCCGCAGCUUCUUGGGCUCAGUGUCAGGUAGCAUUACCUUGUCCGGGUGGUGACCUUUUAAAUGGGCUCGCAGGUUGGUAGUAUUCCCGGAGUACUUCACAUUUGUGUGGCAAAGCUUACAAACCGCCAUAGUUUUGUCCAAACUGUCGCUCUCCUGCUUGUUUUUGAAUCCAAAAUGCUCCCAUACAUCUGCUUUUAAGCAUGCAGGUGCUGGAUUUAUAUUCGCCGCCAUUCUCGAGUAUCUCUCAGCUCAAACCGGAUGAGAAAGGCGUCGGCGUUUCAGUAAGUAGACAUGCGCUACAGCGACACUAGCGGCUGGCGGACCUAAUUGCACAUCCUGCGCGUAUCGAUACUCGCGGCUGAAAAAUCGAUACUCUCUGGGGAAACAAAAAAUCGAUAUAUAUCGCAGAAUCGAUAAAAUCGCUCAGCACUAGUGGAGGGCCAGGUUGAGAUUUUGUGUAUUUGAGCGAUCCCUACCAUGGGAGAACCUGAUUUUUUGUGAACAGCAUCUACAUUUUUCAACAAAAGAAACAAAAUUUGUUGCUACCCUGGUAUUUUGCACAUUUUCUGUUAAUCGACAACUUUGUCCGAGUUAGCCAUUCCGGCAAACCAACCGGGCAGCUAUGCUUGGGGUCGGACAAGGAUGAAGUAGUAGAGGUCAUUAUCCCGCCUGAUCAGUUCCCUCCAGGCCUCCCUUCAGGAAACACUUCCCUGGGACCCUGCAAGCCCUCGACCAUCAUCGAGCUCCACACCGCGUGCUGGCUGGACCUGGAGCAAGGUCGUUGUCCGAGGUAAGGGAAAAAGCCGCCACACCGAUGGCUCCCCAAUCCGCAUCACCCUGACAAGCCGCAUUGAGACCCUACCACAGGCCACUGUGGAUCCGGCCGUCGAUCCGACGCAGGAGGAGAACUGCGACACUAUCGCCGCUGGCAUUCUGGGAGAGACGCCGACCGGCGGUCACGUGGCCUCCUCCUCCAGCCUGCUAGCUGCCCGGACACCCGACCAUGUCUCGCCCGACGCCUCGGGCCGCCCUGCAGCUGCACCUGCGACCACCGCUAAAUCUGGGCCGGCCCCCUCUGGCCCAGCUACCUCCCGGUCGCCAUUGGAUGUGGGCGUGAAGACCACCUCCCCACCACUGUGCAACGGCCCCCGGGUGCUGGCCUGUGCUAGCGGGGGGACUCCUCCCUGCCGGUGCCCAGUGGUGCCGGUUAGCACAGAGCCCAGCCCUCCGAAACUCGCCAGUCGGCUGCCACCACCACCAGUGUCUCCCUCACCGCCGCGUCUUUGUCACGCCACUAACCCCCCCCCCCCCGCCCCCCACAAAACGGGACCAAGCCUAAACAGCCCGAGGCAGCUCGUCAACACAUCCCUGAAAACCCAGCCGCAGACUCCAUUCAGCAGACACCAACUAGCCCACCGCACGCACCGCUCUUUCUGCCGACUACAGCCAUCAAGGUAUCCGUUUUUUCAACGCCAUCACGCUGCCUUUUCCCGAUGCUACGCUAGCAGACAUCACGGACAAAAUGCCCUCCCUUCUCCGUACACUCCCCUCCUCAAGCCACCGCAUCAUCCUCCAUGUCAGUGUAAAUGACACCUCUCGAUACCAAUGGAACAAAACAAAACAGGGCUUCAAAAAACUUUUACUGUCCGUCACAGACUGUGGCAAAUCAGUAUUCUUCAACGGACCCCUGCCUACUGUUCAUAAAAGUCCAUAAAAGACAAUAACCUGGACUUCAUCUGUCUCACCGAAACUUGGCACAAACCCACCGACCACUUCUCCCUCAAUCAAGCCACCCCAUCUGAAUACAAAUUCAUCGACCAACCUUGCACAGAGGGGCGGAGGGGUGGCAUCGCAGUAAUCUUCAAGAAAAAUAUCAGUGCCACCACCCUCUCGCUCCCCCCUGCCCCCUCUUUUGAACACAUCGCCCUCAAACUCCCCGGACCACCACCACUCAUCAUCACUGCCCUCUACCGUCCACCCAAACCCAACCCCUCUUUCCUCCAGGACUUCUCAGACUUUCUCCUCCAACUUAGCAUCAUCUCACCAUCCAUCCUCCUCCUCGGGGACCUCAACCUCCAUCUUGACGACCCCACCUACCGACCUGCUCAAGACUUUCUGGACAUCCUCAACCACUGCAAUUUCACCCAACACAUUAACUUCCCCACUCACAAGCAUGGCCAUAUCCUUGAUCCUGUCUGCUCCACCAACAUAACCAUCUCCAACAUCUCCAGCUACAACCUCCACAUCUCAGACCACCUCGCAAUCACCCUGACAUUCACAUCCCCUAACCAAGCCCGACUACCUCAAGGACUAUUACAUUUCGCAAACUCACCCCCCUCUCCCCAGCACAGUUUGCACUUCAGCUGGUAAACUCCAUCCCCACCUCCCCUCCCCCUCCUUCUGCCAAUACUGGCGACCUCAUCAAACUGUAUAACUCCACCCUCUCGUCCUGCCUCAACAAUAUUGCACUCGUCCACCAAAGAACUGUCUCCUUCCGUCGCCCUGCCCCCUGGUACACCCCCGAGCUCAGGGAGAUGAAAAGAAAAAAACGCCAACUCUAACGCCUCCAUAAGAAAACUGGUCUCACCGUACACCUCCACGCCCUCACCGACUACAUCCACAAAUACAACAACGCCCUAAACACUGCCCGGACCUCCCACUACUCCAACAUAAUCCACGCCGGCUCCAGAAAUCCCAGAUCCCUGUUCUCUACAGUCAACUGUCUGCUCAAACCCCAGGAUCAUAUCUCCUCAUCAUUCACCACCAGCAAAUGCAACACCUUCCUCAAAUACUUCCAAGAUAAAGUGAACUCCAUCUGCCACUCCCUCGCCCCCCCCCCCCCCCCACUCUCCCUCCCCCCACCCAAUCUCUAUGCCAUUUUUCACCAGUAGCUCCCUCUAACAUUCCUGCUCUGCUAAAAAACCCCAACCUGCAUUCUUGACCCUGUCCCGUCCACUUUCAUCAAACACUGUCUCCCUUCCAUCUCCCCCCUAAUUUCAUCCAUCAUCAACUCCUCCUUCAUCUCCGGCUCUGCCCCACCAGCCCUCAAACUGGCCGCCAUCACCCUGAUCCUGAAAAAACCUGGCCUUGAUCCCAACUGUCCAAGCAAUUUCCACCCCAUUUCCAAUCUACCAUUCCUGUCAAAGAUCUUAGAACGUGCCGUCGCCUCACAAUUUACAGCCCACCUCCAAUCCAACAACCUGCCCGAACUGUUCCAAUCAGGAUUCUGCAACAAGCACAGCACUGCUAAAAAUCACAAAUGACCUCCUGCUCGCCUCUGACUCUAACCAACUGACCAUCCUCCUCCUCCUGGACCUGUCUGCUGCUUUCGACACCAUCAACCACUCCAUCCUCCUCAACCGUCUGUCAUCCGACCUCCACAUCAGCAGCACCGCACUCUCAUGGAUCUCAUCUUACCUCUCCAACCAUCAACAAUUCAUCCAUAUCAACCAGUGCUCCUCCUCCACCACCCCACUCCCCCAAGGUGUCCCCCAGGGAUCGGUGCUUGGUCCCCUACUCUUCACCCUCUACCUACUCCCCCUUGGCAACAUCAUCCGGCAACAUGGACUCAACUUCCACUGCUACGCCGACGACAUACAGCUAUACAUCUCCUCCCGCUCCAUCUCCUCCACCACCCUUGCCACCGUCACCUCCUGCCUCAACGCAAUAAAAACUUGGAUGCACCACAAUUUUCUCAAACUCAACAGUGACAAAUCAGACCUUCUUUUAUUCCUUUAAUUAAUUCUUUUUAUUUGAUUUUACCUUGUUUUUAGCUUGUUACUAUUAAUUUUGCCUACUGUAUUUUUAAUAUGUUUUUGUAAAGUGUCUUUGAGCUCCUGUAAAAGCACUAUACAAAUAAAAUGUAUUAUUAUUAUUAUUAUUAUUAUUAUCCAAUGAAACACCUGGAAAUAUGCCAGCUUGCUGGUAAGCUAGUCCCCCGCAACUGCUGUAAACUAGUGUAAUGCAAAGUUAUUCAGUACAUCAAGCAUUUGAAGAUUGCCCUGAAUGCUGACAGACAUAGCAAAAUAAUAAUAGAUUACUGUUGCAAUCACUAUUAAUGACAGUCAAAGUUAAACGAAAGUGAAAGAUCUCCAAAUGCCAUUAUUAUGCUUGAUUAAAGGGGGAAAAUUACCACUUAAAAUAGUAAUCCCUACCUUUGAGAUCUUAAGCCUUCUGUAGCAUUGUCCUAAGAAAUGUUAUUGUGAACUGUGGAAUUAAUAAAUAUGAUUUCCCAAAUCUGAAGUUCAGUGAGCUGUUUAUGUACACCUGUCGAUUAUGUUUCAAAAUGAUGAACAUUAUCUGUCAGCGUCAAGUUGUAGAAAGAACAUACUCACGGCACAUGUUGCAAACAGAUAGCAAACAUUACAAAAAUGGAGUGCGGCAUGCAUGUGGUCCAAAGAGAAUUUAUCAGUUCUAUAUUUCUAAGGAGAGAUGUUGGUACACCUGAAAGUAAAGUGGCAGAAGAGGCAGUAUAAUGAUUUAACCAGAAAAACCAGGUUUGUUGUUAUCACGCUACACAAGAAUUGUGUAAAAUUCCUUGAUUCAGACUGCACAGGGAUUGAAGAAAGAAAUUAUCUUUAGCUGUGUAUGUUAAUUGAUCCACAUUGUCCCUGUUUUUUAUUGAAAAAAAAAAACCCAUAAAUAUACCCUUCAAAUUUUAGGAGCCUGUUGUGAUUCCAGUAAACAGUGGCUAUCACAGGGACUGUUACUGCCACUUUACUAAUGUUACAAGAAUAAAACAAGCCCAGAGAAGGAGUGAAAAGGCAUCUUUAUUGGAAAACAAAGGUAGUUUUAGAGUCAUGUCAGUGUACCCUCAAAAGACGGGCCGGUUGUCUAACAAUUAGGGAUCAUUUAAUAACAAAAAGUAAUAUAUUUUAGUGUGGACCAUGUGAGCCCUAAUGAUCUUUGAUAAAUGUGGUACCACUUAACUCACAUUCUGAUCUUUGAUGAAGUAAAUCAAAUGAAAGAGGGGUGUACAUUUUUUUAACAAAUUGGAGCCUCAAUGUGUUUUCAUCUGCAUCUUUGUUUAAGUGCACGGAAUUGAAAAAAAAAAAAAACCAGAGGAUAGUGAGGCAACUUCAGCAAAGACGAGGGUGCUGAGAUCCAACACUGGUGACCUCUUUGCAUCCAAGUGGGCAGCACACCUUUUUCCACUACAAUGUAUUAUUUGCAAACAAGAACAAUACAAAUGAGUCAUGCACUCGAAAAAGAGUCAAAGACAAACUGACACAGUGUUAAACCCUUUCUGCAGGGCAGUUGCUUCGUGCAGCUACUGAAAAAAAAAGAUGAGAAGCUGCUUCUGCACAUUCGGGACAGGGAAUUAGUGGCCAAUGAGGCACGAUACCACCUGUUUCAGAGACUGUACUCGGUACCUGUUCAUGGAAAAGAAGAAAAAGCAGAGGGAAACGGCUACAAGUAUUUCUGUGAGACUGUUAUUGAGGAAAAAGCUUUAAAAAUUGCAAGGUGGUUUGCUUCUCCAACAGGAACCUGGAUAACCCAGUCCCCACAAGUAAUACUUCUCGGCUCUUAUAUCAUUCAGCUCUCACACUUAGGGACAUAAUUAAAAACACAGCAAAGACCUCCCCAAAGCUCCCUUGGCCCCCACGAUCAAAGGACCUAAUUCUUGAGAGUGCGCUACAUUAGGUGCCAGACCAACUUUUUAACUUUGUGGCUUGGACUUGUGGAAUUUCAACCUAACCAUUACAGACUGAGCGUGUAGAGGUCAUUUCAGAAGACUGCAGGAACCUGUCAGGAUAUCAUUACCCUUACAACCACUGGAUAGUAGCUGAUGCCAAAACAGUGUUCCCUGGCAAUGGCAGUUCAGCACAUGACAGGCUCAGCUCAGGUCAUCAGGCCGCUGAAUGGUCUUGGCCACUGCACAUCAAAUUCACAAGUUCUUGAUCAUGAUACAGCCCUUGCUCACUUGCAAAAUUGAGAGAGGAGAAAUCUACAUCCCAGAAUACAUCAGAGCUGGAGUACAAGCCAUGCUUUUCUGGGAAAAGAAUUAUUCUGGAGAAGAGACACUUUCAGGCAAAGGAACAACACACAACACCAAUGGAAUAACUUUUCAGCAAGCCAUAGUUGUUGACUCAGUAUCGUUACCUGAGAGAUCAAGAACGAGAGCGAUCCGUUCAUCCUCCUCCACCAAAUCUAUUAUCAUUAAUAUGGGGAAAGAGGUCUGGUCCACAUAAUCCUAUGUUGAAAAUAGAUCUUCAGCAAAUCAAAUACACACGCCCUAAUAACAGCAAAAACAGUUGAUGCUGCAUUUUUCCUCAUGAAAGUGCCUGAGUCCCAAAAGAAAAUCUCUCCUGGAUGGACAGGUUUUACAUUAUGUUAAAGCAGGACACAAUCCUCACUAUUCGCAUGUGACAGGGUCAAUUAUGCCAGGUAUCUAACAUAGGGAUGUAAUGAUUACUGCUAAAAUGAUAAACCGUGGUAAAUUGUCUGACAGUAAGUAAAACCGUUUCAAAUAUUAAUUACCAUUAAAACUUGAUUUGUUCACAUAUUUAUGUUAUUUUAAACAUCAGGGGUCCGUUUCACGUAGCAGGUCUAAUGGAAACUCAGAGUCUGUUAACCCUGAAAUCAGGGAAACUCUGAGUUUUCCGUUUCACAAAGGAGGGUCAGUUAAACCAGAGAGAGAGGGGUAACUCUAACCUGUUUCACAAAGAGAGGUAACUGAACCUCGCGGUCAGUUACCAUAGUAACAGACUCGGUGAACCUAACCUGCUUGGGAGCAGGUUUAACUCAGUAAACCCAGAGUUUCAGGUGAGACAUCUGCAUUUUCUCAUUUUGAUCAUGUUUUACAUUGUAAUGUUAGUAUUAAGUGGCAGUUUGAUCCCUUAAAAAAUGCUCUUUUCACACUCAAAAAUGAUUAGGAAUAUUAAACUAACACAGACUUUCACUCAGCAAACAGAAAGAGGGCAGACGCCAGAAAAACGGGUGGUGGGCCAGCAGCCCCACCUUUAACGGAGGCAGAGUAGCUGCCCCCCCCCCCCCCCCCCCCGCAGUUCAUUCUGCGUGUUAUUUUGAUUGUUUUUUUUUUUUCAAAAUAAAACUUUGUUUAAUGAUUUCAGUGCGUGUAUAAGUACUUUUUAAAUAUUUUGAACAUAUUUCAACAAUACCGUGAUAAUAUUGAUAACAGUGAUAAUUUUGGUCACAGUAAUCAUGAUGUGAAAUUUUCAUAUUGUUACAUCCCUAAUACUGGGUUGAGAUGACCAGUCUGGAAGACACACAUCCCACAGCACAUCAGCAGCUUCUUUCAGGUGACUUUGUAGUCAGAUGGACCCUUACCCAAUAUGAGCGGGCAGCCAUCACACUUGAAUGCAAAACAAUGGCUGGACAGUGCCCAGCAUCAUACCUGCAUUCUGAGCUGGAUGAUGCAAAAAUACAGAGGGAUCAGGCUAAUUGGAGGAACAUUAUAGCCACUGUCCAAAGUAUGGUCAAUCCCUUUGAUCCUUUGCUUGAUGGAGAGUCUCUGCAUCAAAUCUCCUCCGGCCAACAGGCACCAUACAAUGUUGAUGAAGAUUUACUGGGGGCAAAACAAAGAGGGCUGGAAACUCUCACUGAGUUCUGUGCGAAGAGGAUUGUCACUGCAGAGAAAUCCUUCCAUGACCUAUAAAGAAAAUGAAAGUUAAAUAUUCAAAGAUACUGGUCACACUACUAGCACCACAAUUAAGGAAAAGAAAUUUACUAAAAUCACAUCACAACCUGUUUGCCAGGUUAAUUGUGGGAACUGUCAGACAAAUUAACAUUGAUGAAAUGCUCACCUACAGUUCGGGUCCUUUGCCACAACCACCUGCCAACUUGAAUGGCUCUCUGGUAAAGACCAACAAAGCAAAGUUGAUGCACAUACUAAUGGAGGACAUCAGCACAACACAAACAGCAAGGGCUCUAGAUGGCUCUAUGUGGAUAUGGGAUGCUAUGGCUCUAGUGCAGCAGCUAAAGCCACAGCCAACAUUUGGACAACACGCUGAGCGUGCUAAGAAUAAGAAUAAGAACUUUAUUGAUCCCAAAAGGAAAUUCAAUUGUCUGUUGUCUCAUAUAAUAUGUCUAUAAAAGUUAUCUAUUAUUUACAUAAAAGUUAUAAAGCCUGAUGGCUGUUGGUACAAAAGAUCUUCUGAAUCUCUGUGUCCUGCAGCGAAGAGAGAGGAGCCAUCCACCACCAUUGGCCCUUUGGUCCAUCAAGGUGUUGUGAAGUGGGUGAUCCAUGUUCUUGAGAAUAGUCUCCACCUUCCUCAGUGUACAUCUCUCCACCACAUCCUCCACUGAGUUCAGCUGGAGUCCUUCCACAGAGCCAACCUUUUUCACCAGUUUGUUCAGAGGUCUUGCAUCUUUGUGUUUGAUGCUUCCUCCCCAGCAGACUGCAGCGUAGAACAGAACACUUGCCACCACAGACUGAUAAAACAUCUGCAGCAUCUUACUACAGAUGUCUAUUGAUCAGAGUCUUCUCAGGCAAAAGAGGCGGCUCUGCCCCUUUCUGUAGAUGAAGUCAAUAUUCUAAGACCAAUCCAACUUAUUAUCCAGAUGUACACCUAGGUAUUUAUAUGAUGUCACCACUUCGAUAUAUGCUAAGGACACUAGUCAACUUAGCCAAAGACACAAAGUCAACCAAGCUCCAUUUUGUAUGUGACAUAUACACUCACCAGCCACUUUAUUAGGUACACCUGUCCAACUGCUCGUUAACACUUAAUUUCUAAUCAGCCAAUCACAUGGCGGCAACUUAGUGCAUUUAGGCAUGUAGACAUGGUCAAGACAAUCUCCUGCAGUUCAAACCGAGCAUCAGUAUGGGGAAGAAAGGUGAUUUGAGUGACUUUGAACAUGGCAUGGUUGUUGGUGCCAGAAGGGCUGGUCUGAGUAUUUCAGAAACUGCUGAUCUACUGGGGUUUUCACGCACAACCAUCUCUAGGGUUUACAGAGAAUGGUCCGAAAAAGAAAAAAUAUCCAGUGAGCGGCAGUUCUGUGGGCGGAAAUGCCUUGUUGAUGCCAGAGGUCAGAGGAGAAUGGCCAGACUGGUUCGAGCUGAUAGAAAGGCAACAGUGACUCAAAUAACCACCCGUUACAACCAAGGUAGGCAGAAGAGCAUCUCUGAAUGCACAGUACGUCGAACUUUGAGGCAGAUGGGCUACAGCAGCAGAAGACCACACCGGGUGCCACUCCUUUCAGCUAAGAACAGGAAACUGAGGCUACAAUUUGCACAAGCUCAUCGAAAUUGGACAAUAGAAGAUUGGAAAAACGUUGCCUGGUCUGAUGAGUCUCAAUUUCUGCUGCGACAUUCGGAUGGUAGGGUCAGAAUUUGGCGUCAACAACAUGAAAGCAUGGAUCCAUCCUGCCUUGUAUCAACGGUUCAGGCUGGUGGUGGUGGUGUCAUGGUGUGGGGAAUAUUUUCUUGGCACUCUUUGGGCCCCUUGGUACCAAUUGAGCAUCGUUGCAACGCCACAGCCUACCUGAGUAUUGUUGCUGACCAUGUCCAUCCCUUUAUGACCACAAUGUACCCAACUUCUGAUGGCUACUUUCAGCAGGAUAAUGCGCCAUGUCAUAAAGCUGGAAUCAUCUCAGACUGGUUUCUUGAACAUGACAAUGAGUUCACUGUACUCAAAUGGCCUCCACAGUCACCAGAUCUCAAUCCAAUAGAGCAUCUUUGGGAUGUGGUGGAACGGGAGAUUCGCAUCAUGGAUGUGCAGCCGACAAAUCUGCGGCAACUGUGUGAUGCCAUCAUGUCAAUAUGGACCAAGCUCUCUGAGGAAUGCUUCCAGCACCUUGUUGAAUCUAUGCCACGAAGAAUUGAGGUAGUUCUGAAGGCAAAAGGGGGUCCAACCCGUUACUAGCAUGGUGUACCUAAUAAAGUGGCCGGUGAGUGUACAAACACCACAGCAUCAAACAUGCCGAGAGAUAUCGGCGGGCAGAGCAAGGUUUUCGAAAAAUCCAAAUAUAUGGAGAUGACCAGAAAACACCAAGACAGUGGAGAAAAUUCCUGGCUUGUGGUGAAAAAAAAGAAAACUUGCAGGAGUACUUUUUCCAAAAUUGGAGCAGAGCAGCAAAAACUGUAAUUGGAAACACAACAGUCAUUAUUGGCCAUGCUGACAAAUGCCAUGCAUUUAAGAUGAAUGAGACUAAAACUGACCUUGAAAUACUGCAGGUUCAGGACUUUGAGACAACUCAGGAAGAGGCAGACACCAGACUUAUGCUGCAUGCCACUUAUGCAUCAAAAUAUAGCAGUGACCUGGUAAUUAAGAGCCCAGACACUGAUGUAUUUGUGUUGGCCCUUGGAUUCUGCAGCAAAGUUGAUGGUCACCUUUACUUCCACACAGUCAAGGGGAAAGAUUCUCACAUAAUUGACAUUACAAGUCUACAUGCUCACCUUGGGGAAGAAAAAUGUAAUGCCCUUGUUGGUCUUCAUGUGUUCCCUGGAUGCAACACUAAGUGCAAUGCAUGGGGUGGGGAAAGCCAAAACUUAUAAAAAGCUUUUUUGCCGGCAAAAAUACAUCACCAUGUUUAGAGAGCAAGGAAUUAGUUUUCUCCAACACCAGAGCUCUGCAACGCAUUGGAAACUUUCACAUGCGACCUAUACAACCAUAACUGUCAGGAUGUUAACCAGGUGAGAGUCAAGCUGUUCAAGUCAGGAAAGUGUACUUAGAGAGACUUACCCCCAAACAAAGACUCCUUAUACAAGGACAUCCAGCUUGCUAACUACCAGGCCACAGUCUGCAGAAGGAGCCUUGAGUGUAUUGCUGCGUUCGAGUUACAGAAAAAAGGAAAAUCGGAGGCGGAAACAAGAUGGCUACAUCUACAAAAGUUAUUUUUAGCGCUUGCCUUGUCCUUGUUAUAUCUGGACAAGCUAAAAUAACUUUCGUAGAUGUAGCCAUCUUGUUUCCGCCUCCGAUUUUCCUUUUUUUCAACUCAGUAACUGAAACACUGGUAACUCAGCUGUGAUGUCAUUUUUAGCUUCGACAUCUGACUUCCAAGGUAACUCGAACACAGCAUAAGGCUGACAUUACUGCCCCUGUUAAUCACAGAUGGAAGAUGACAGGAGAUUUCUUAGAGGUACACUGGAUGACACUUCCCUCAGCGCAGGAUGCAAUAUUAGAAUUGGUGCACUGCUCCUAUAAAAAAACAGCUGUGUUAAAGGUAGAUGCAAAUGCAAAGUGCAUGAGCUGCCAUGAACCAAUCUCUGCCAGUGCACAAAUUGUGGUAACAGACCAUUUGAAAACUGAAUUUUGUUUGUACAAGUGUCAGCAUUUUUUUGUAAUUGUUUACAUUUUACUCAGCAGAUAUAUUUUUGUCAUAAAUUGAAGGAAAAAACGAUCUUUGAUCCAGGUCUCUUAAACUUGUUUGAACUCUUAAUGUUUGCUGGACAGUAUGAGCAAGUGUGAAUUCUUUUGUGAUGCGAAAGCUAACAUAUGGCAAACAGAUAGUGCUCCCUUAACAGUUUACUCAACUCAACUCAACUCAACUCAACUCAACUCAACUCAACUUUAUAUGUUGAGCACUUUAAAACAACCACAGCUGUACAAAGUGCUGUACAUAACUAGACAAAACAACAAGAUAAAAAACAAUCAAGAACAAUUAAAACACUGGAUAAAAUAAAAGCAGAAUUAAUAAUAAAAUAUAGCUUCAAUGUUUUUAAAAACUAAUUUAAAAACAUAGAAACAAAUAACUAAAAACAAACCAUAGAACACUAAAACAGGAGCCGAGUCUCAUGCAGGGUUAAAAGCCAAUGAAUAAAAAUGGGUUUUAAGACGAGUUUUAAAAAUGGACAGUGUGGGGGCUUGUCUAAUUUGGAGGGGUAGCUCGUUCCAUAAAAUUGGGGCAGCAACAGAAAAAGAUCUAUCCCCUCUGAGCUUCCGUUUGGACCUCGGUACCUCCAGGAACAGCUGAUCAGCUGACCUGAGGCACCGAGCUGGGGUGUAGGGGUGGAGAAGCUCAGAGAGGUAUGAUGGAGCCAGACCAUUUAAAGAUUUAAAAACAAAUAAAAGAAUCUUAAAAUGAACUCUAAAAUGCACGGGCAACCAGUGGAGAGAGGCCAGGAUGGGAGUAAUGUGCUCCCUCUUACGUACUCCAGUUAAGAGCCGGGCGGCUGCGUUUUGAACUAACUGGAGACUUGAGAGGGAGGACUGGCUGACUCCAAAAUAAAGUGCAUUACAGUAAUCCAGCCGAGAUGUAACAAAGGCAUGGAUUACUGUUUCAAAGUGCGUACGUGAAAGAAAAGGCUUUGCCUUCGCCAGCUGCCUAAUAUGAUAAAAACUGGAUUUCACUACGGAGCUAAUUUGCCUAUCAAAUUUAAAAUCACUGUCCAUCUUAAAACCCAAAUUUGAGACGGUUGGCUUUAAAUAAUCUGCUAAAAUACCCAAAUCUACAGGAGGGGUUUCACAAGGGCCACUGGGACCAAAGACCAUCACUUCCGUUUUUUUUUUCAUUGAAGUUUAAGAAAUUCAAAGCCAUCCAGGCUUUGAUGUCUUCAAGACAUGCCAGAAGUGGAGUGAGGGAGAAAGCAUUUCUCUUGUUAAGUGGCACAUAUAUCUGACUGUCAUCAGCGUAACAGUGAAAUGAAAUGCCAUGCUUUCUCAAGAUGGAUCCCAGGGGCAGCAAAUAUAAAGAAAAGAGCUAGAAAAGAGUUUAAUACAACUUUGUCAUGUGUUCAGCAUAGUUAGCAUCUUCCAACAACAUAAAACGAUGACUCCCCUUCAUGUUUUAAAGCUUCUUCUUUUACUGGUUACAUUCCAAUUGCCGUGUAUCUUGUUGUUGUUUCACACCAUGUCCACCAGCUGAUUCAUGUGAUCUAUGUCUGCAUGUAGUGCUGGGCGAUAUGGAAAAAAAUGUAUAUCACGAUAUGGAUCAUUUUAUAUCACGAUAACGAUAUAUAUCACGAUAUAGCUAUGGUAUGCUUUCAGUUCUAUGAAAAAUUUAAGUGUAUACAGCUGCACUAGUACAGUACCAGUACAAGACCAGCACUUAAAACUAGAAAAAUAAAUAAAUAAAUACGUGGCUGAAGUGCGUUCAUGUCUGUGCUCACCCAAAGUUAUGCAACACUCACAGAAAACGCCGAUAGUGUGAGCCAAAGCACUCCAUAAUAAUAAUAAUAAUAAUAAUAAUAAUAAUAAUAAAUUUAAUUUGUAAUGCACUUUACAUUUACAAAUUAAAUCUCAAAGUGCUACAGUACACAGUAAAAAAAGAGCAGCAACAAUAAAAAAGCAAUAGAAUGACAGUCACAGAUUGGCAUAAAAAAAGAAUUAAAAAAAAUAAAAAAUAUAGAGUUGCAAUGUAAGAGGCAAGGUAGUAAAAGCAUAAAGCAUAGAGGAAAACUAACCAAAGGCUUUAUUAAAAAGGUAGGUCUUUAGGGCUCUUUUGAAGAGGUUGUUCACACUGCUAGAUGUUUCUCCUCCAAAGCUGCUCUCUGCCUCCAUCAUUGUUUACUUUACUCUUGAAGCACGUAGGAAGACCCGAGCAUGAAUCCGAGCGCUUUAUUCGCCUAUCAGGGGCAGACAGGUAAGGUGAUUUGAUUCGCCACGACUCCAGAAAUGAUUGAAAAACUACGGAAUGUCACAAAAUUACGUUUCCUCGCUGCUGGCUUAAAGGGUAGAAAUGCGCAGCCGCGCUCCCAGCUGACAGGAAGUCAAACCACUGUUGUAGUUCUUUUGUGUUGCUAGCGCGGUCAAGAGUGUUGGCUCUCACUGAGAGAUGACUACAAAAAUGGACGCACCUGUUCAUCUGGUUGUUAAACACGGCUGAAAAUGAUCAUCUUUUAAUGUUGUUCCCGCUCCUGCCCACUCCCGUGGCCUUUUUUCCAGUCCCGUCCCGAUCAAGGGAUUAAUUAAAAAAUGACUCCCAUCCCGUGGGAUUCCCGCGGGAAUCACGUGACCCACGGGAAUUCCCGAAAAAUGUCAUCCUCUACAGGGAAGGUCCCGGAGCAGAUGAAACAGGUGACGGAGCGGCUAAAAUAGGUCCCGGAUCCGAUCAAAAGAGGUCCCGGAUCGCGCUCCGACUUGCUCCGGCACAAAUUAAGCACUGCUUACAAUGAUCCCCUCACGUGUUUACACACGUGAGGUAACCCGCAACGGCGGGAGACGCUGAGAGGUGACCAGAUGCAGCGCAAGAUGGCGGACCCAAAGAUAGAAAACCACAUUUACAAAACGCAAUAAGUUUCCGCAUUACCUCCGAUUGGCGGACCCAAAACAAUUACUUCCGGUGGAAAGGCUUUCUCGUUGGCGGACUUCCGGCGCCGAAAUACUUCAGGUAGUCGGAUUUAGUCGCCGGAUCCUUUUUUUUUUUGCUCCGUUCAUUCCAUAAGAAUCGAAUUAAAUUUAUUAUUGAGCUAAAAAUCAAAAUAAAACGUUUAUGUAUUAAUUAUGACUACUGUUUUGUUCUGAUUUAAUUCUGAAGUUUACAGUAAUAUGUAUAUAUAGCCUGAUGUCCUCAUAUUCUGAUAAUUUGUCAGAAUAGGUAAAUGUAUGUAGAAGUUAUCAUCUUACUCAAAUUCUUUUGUAAGAGUUUGCUACAAGUAUGGACUGUUUUAACCUCUCGUUACACAUCAUAUAACAGUGUUUUCUAACUUUUCUCUCCAAUAGCUUUAUUACACAGCACAUCAAUGUUUCUUAACUUCUCUGUGACCUUGUUUCUCCACUCCUAUUAGGACCUCGUUUAAUGUCAACAAUGUUGCCCUGACCCUCACAUAUUUUCUGUUGUUCAUAAUUAUGUUUUAUGAGAGUGCUUAUGUUGCUGCACAAAUUUACUCCCCCCAUCCUUUAGUAACAUUGUGUAACCAGGGACAUAAUUUAUGAAAUGGUGUGCUUCCUGGUGAACCUCUUCAGGAUUGCUUGACUGUGCAAAAUCCAAGUAUACAAUAGUUGUAGAGACACAAGUCACAUGAUCUCUUUAAGGUUCAGAAGAGCCAUAUAGCAAAAACAAUUGAAUAGCGAUAUCAUUACAGACUGUGUAAAGAAAUGGGAAAUUGUCAUACAACUGCUUUGAAGAUUUCUUUAAUUUUUUCCAAACAAAAUUGUGAACAGUAAAAAAAAUAUAUAUAUAUACAAAAUUCAGCACUGCUCUCGGUGUGGUGGGGGGCUUAAAACACGUUGCCACAGGCCAUCAUCAGCUCUGCUCUGAACCGGUUGAUGCCAUGCUCCUUCAGUGCUUUGAUCAAAAGCUGAAAAACAGUCAAAUAAUGUGAACAAUUGAAGUUAUGCAGUAUGGGUUAAUUGUUGUUCUUGAGCUUUCCAAAUGAAUAAGAACAACCUCUUAACAAUAUCAUCAAUUUUCAAAGCAAGCUAUAUAGUUUGAUCUACUCACCUCUGGGAGCAUGACGUCAAAAACGAAAUCAAGCAGAUGAAUCUCGCCUCUCUUUAAUUUUUUUUAGAAAUGUUUGUUGCCACCUCAAUGAACCGCAGGAGCUCGAACAUCUAUUGAAGAAAAACACCGAAAGUAAACACCUUUCAAAUGUAACACCCCUGAGAGUAAAAAUACUCAUGAUGGAUGGCAUUUUUACUUACGCGCUGCUCACUCCAACUUAGUGUCCUUAUCUUAAGAUGCUGCUUUAGUCGGAGUGAGGUGGCGGGAUUCCUCCAAAGGAACAUUCUGUUGGAGCGGAUCUUUCCAGACAGUAGAUCAUCGUGUAAUGUCUGAAACCAAAGAGCAAGAGACAAAAAUGUAAUCAUCUGAAAAAGAAACGGUGGCUUUAACAACUGAUAGUGCAUUCAAAAGCAACCUUGAUCUGUGUCUUAGAAAAGACAGCAUCAAUUCCUCAACUGUCAACAGCAUCCUUGAUCCUGCAGAGAAAUAAGAAAAGAGCAAGCCCUCAUUUUUUCAUCCUUUGAGCCUCGUAUUUUUGACUGAUACUAUGUUUCCUUGAUAAAUUAUGUUAUACCGAGGAUGCUCAAUGGAGUCCUCGCACCCGCAGUCAAACGGCUCCAUUUCAAUCCCAGCACAAUCCUGAUGCAGCCAGCCCCUGCACGUCUUGCACUGGACCCAUUUUAUGACGUUUACCUCAGGGUAAAGCAAUCUGAUCAAAUGAGAGACAAACAUAAUAUUAAACAAACACGCUGUCCAAUUGAUUAUACCUCUGCAGCACAUUUGAAUGUAUAAAUAAUUUUCCUGCAUGAUUCGUGCAUUUAAACUAUAUGUAAAAGUGGUCACUUCAUGGAAAAUCACUGAAUAGGCCCCGAUAAUUGCAUUUAUUAAAUUGAGUCUGCAACACACCUCUCUCCUGUGUUGUUCGAUGUCUGGUAGACACAGAAUUGCAUUGAAUCUGCCAUGCACAUUCUUUGGACAUCCGAUACCGUCUGCGUCAUGGUUUCCUUGACAAGGCAAUUUGAAAAGUAACAUCAAUUACCAAAUACAUCGAGACAAUGUUGAUCCAUACAACUGUGUGCAUUUUGAAGGACUCCCACUGACAUAAUACUGUUUUUACAAGGCAAUUUUCUAACCUCUAUGUCCUGCUGCUCUGCCUUCCUCUUUAGACUGAAGACCGGAGUAUGCUUUCCAGCAAUGAGCUCUUGACAUUCUUUGGUCCAGUGGGCGAAGAUUUUCCCACAACUGUAAUGACAAUAUAUCUUUAAGUACAAUAUAUUGAUUGUCUUCCAGUUAAUUAGGACAUCUAGUUUACUUAAACUGUCUACCUGUUCAAAGAAUUGUUCUCCAGGAGCAACAGGCACCACCAUCGCCGCCAAACAGGCAUGUCAUGCUGAAAUUGUUGUUUGUAUUUCAUUUUAGUGCACAAUACAAAAUACAAUCUUGAGGAUGACACUGCGCACAUAAAAUGAUGAAUGAGUAAAUAAAUCAAAACAACAGAAAAUGUGUGUGACAUGUGACAUUAUUCCACCUGCGGGCACGCAUCAACUCAAGCAAAAAGGUGUUCGCCACAAGUAACAGCAUUGGAAAGCUGUUAUACACUUUUCAACUGUAAUAUAGAGCAUGCACAAAUACCUCCAAAUCUCUGCCCGUUUUCUCAGUCCAUUGCCCAGGACAUAUCUUCUGCGCAAUGUUCCUGUUAAUUUGAGAGCGUCACUUAGAUUUCCCAUGAUGGAAACAAUGGAAUGCAGGGUUAGGGUUAGUUUGAGUGGUCGGAGGUGAGAUUGAAUGAAUGCGGACGGCUUGCUUCUUUUCAAACUUCCUGAGAGUUCUUCUUCUUCUGUAAAUUUUGCCGUCAGAAAGUGUAGGUGCAUACCGCCACCUACUGUUCUGGCAUCGCAAAGCAGAAGUUCAAAGUUCAUGUUUUGGGUCCGCCAAUCGGAGGUAAUGCGGAAACUUAUUGCGUUUUGUAAAUGUGGUUUUUUAUCUUUGGGUCCGCCAUCUUGGCGCUGCAUCUGGGUACUCUUGGAGACACUGGACACGAAGAGGGCACGUAAAGUGGCGUCAUGUCGCAAAAUCGAAAGAGAAAUGCAAGCCUACAUGUCAACGCAUCCUUUUCUUUGUAAGAAAAUAUUGUUUUCUUUCCCGUUCGACACCAAAUAUACUUACUGAAUGUGCAAUUAUUGUUGUUGUUACUAUGAAUCAUCUGAUGGCACAAGCCCUAUGGAUAAAAUACAGCCUAUCGCCCGAAACGAUAAAAAUAAAAAUGGCACAAUAGACAUUUUCUAUCGUGCCCACGAUAUCUAUCGUCCUAUCGCCCAGCACUAUCUGCAUGUAUGUCUGAUUAAAAAAAAAAAAACUUUUAAUAUGAAAUAGAGGUCCUCUAUUGGGGAUCUUUAUUUUCAAUAACUGAAGCAGAUAUGCAGCCUUGGCCCACCGCCUAAUAUAGGCCAGUUUCCUGAAAGCUCUGUUUACAUAUUUGUUUGUCCUUAUUAAUUUGAUCACUGUCCUCUACUCUCUGUAGCUCACUACAUGUAUAUUUCAUUUUUUAAAUCUGUCAUUUAAAAUUUAAAUGUCAAAGUUUUAGUCUGCACCGCACCCAUAGACUGUAUAUAGAAUGGACAGUGAUUGCCUCCCUGCUGGGUGAAGCCACUCUGAGAACAGCACCCUCUGUUGAUGGGCUGCAGUAUAGGUCAUAAGUCCUGCAUACACCAGCAAAGCUUAUGGGGCUGUGGACAAACUUUAAAAAUUAAUUACAGAGAACAUACAUUUUUCUCUGCCCUGCUUGUGGUGUUGACAUAUAGUUACAGUAAGACUGGUUUGUGCUCAAGUCCUCUUUUUUUCUGUGCAGCUCCGUUUUUAAAAGAUAUUAGGGGGUUCAUGUUUUCUUUCAAUGACACCUGAUACAGCCUAUUGGCAUUCAGGGAUUGCGUAGCUCACCCGGGCGAUGCGCUGUUUGAGCCAAGCUUCAUCACAGCGACUCUCGGCGACUCUCCUGCUGAAUGCGCACAACGCUACUGUGCAGCGCUGGUUUCAGGAAAUGAAGAAAAAUCCUGGAAUUACCAAGAGCUUUUUGGCUUCAAAUCCAUAUACAGGCAGGAGGCGGAACCAAGUUGUCCAUAGUAUAUACAGUCUAUGACCGCACCCACUGCUGCGGAGUUAUUGCACUUGUCAUAUACUGUUUUAAGUAUUUUAUACUACUGUUUUUGCUCUCAUCUUGUUUCACUGCUCUAUGGCCUUUGAGUUUUGGUCUUUAGUCAGCUGGGUUUGAUAAGAAAAAACAAAUCAUACAUUUUCUUUUGAAAACAUUUAUGGGUAAAUUCACAAGAAAACAAGAGCGACCUGACCAACACAUUAAUCAGCAGUCAGAAAUUGUCCAGUGUGCACACUGAAUCAACUGCAGACUGUGGGGCUUGUUUUGCAGACAUGAUGGACAGUUGAAUCUAUUUAUAUCAAGCCAGUAACAUCUUGCUUAUUUAUUCUUAUUGGCUGGAAUUUUUUAUCACAGUUCGUCAUCAUUUAACAAUUGGUAAAUGUGACAAAAGGGUGGUUUUUUUCAUGUAAUUUUGCUUCAUAAGACUUAACAUGACAACUUAAUCAGUAAAGCAUAAAGACAGAAGACAUUCAAAGACAAUUAGGGUUCUGUGAAAAUAUCUGUAAUCUUCAGAGUGUCUUGUCUGUGUAAGCAGGGAAGAGCUGGAUAUCGACCUAAAGGACAUCUAUUACAAGAUUCGAUGUGUGCUGAUGCCAAUGCCGUCACUGGGCUAUAACCGGCAGGUGGUUAGAGACAACCCGGACUUCUGGGGACCACUGGCCGUUGUGCUGCUCUUCUCCAUGAUCUCCAUCUAUGGCCAGUUUAGGGUGAGCAGUUAAAAACAGCACUCAACAUCCUGAAAUUUAAGCAUGUUACCCACUCUGCUCUGUGGUUGUCUUAAAGUGUUCCCUUGUAUAUGGUGUUCCCAUAACUUUAAGGAACCUUUAAGGGCUUUUAAAAAGGUUCCAUCCUUGCAUUUUAACUGUUUUCAUAUCCAAUACAUUCAGAUACAUGCCAUAGAAAAGACCCCAGCAGGACCAUAAUUUGGGACUAAUUUUUAAGGUUGUUCAGUUUUAAAAGGACAAAAGGGCUGUUUGCCAUUUGAACUAGAUGCAGCUCAGCGUCUUCCGGGCAAAAACACGCCAACUCGUCCACUCUCCUCCAGCAGCCGCUUGUUUGUGGGGGAGCCCUGACGAGUCAAUCACUGAGUGCAGCUGGUCAUUUCCUUGAAGUAAUAAUCAUCAUCAUAAUCAUUUUACACUGCAGAUGCGGUAGUUCUAUGUAAUAGAACUAUGUAAUAGAGUAUGAGACUAGUUUUGCUUAACAUGCAGCAGUUUGCCUUCUUGUCAAGUGUCAAGUUUAACUUUUAAGGGAGAGUGGGGUAAGUUAAGCCAAAGGGUAAGUUGAGCCACCCCCUGUUGCUUGGAAAUGGUAAAAGAAAUUGAUCAUGUGAUCAAAUAUUUAGGAGAUGGGUGUCAAUUCAUGGAGUCUGUGAAGGUUAGAAGCACAUGGGUGAAGGGGUUAGAGAUUUGUUUAAAAAAAAAAAAAAAAAAAUUCACUCUUGAAAGUGAAUUUAGUCCGUCAUAAGUUUUAUUAGAAUUGUGCUCAGACCAAAAAAAGAUCAUUUUAAAUUUGUUUUAUACAUCAAUUGUGGUAUCUAUGAGCUACAACAUGAGGUCAAAAACCUAGCAUAAAAGUCCACCAUUUUAGCUUAGAGGACCAACAAAGUCAUCAUGGUAGUUCUGGGGUAACUUGAGCCAGUGGCUCAACAAAGAAAGUAAAGUCUGAUGAGAGGAUCAGAGUUUCAGUUCAGGUUGUUGAAAUGUUUUACUUUUUCUUUUCAGAAAUAGAGCUGUGAAUGUUCUGAAUCACCAAAAGGUAUUCUCAUGUUAAAAUGUUUUUUUACAAAACAGCUUUUUAGCAGUUAUAUCCAAUAAUAAUAAAAAUAAUUAUUGUACCUGUUCAAUAGCAUACAAUAGAUAAAAAUACACAUGAACGUAAAGAAGUGACUGUUAUUUAGGGAUGUCAACUAACCCAGUAUGGGGUAAGUUGACCACAGGAGACCACUUUUUUUUUGGCCUGCUAUAUUGUCAAGACAGUUAUGUUUACACCCAUUCUGUUGGUUUUCUAGGAUGCACAACAUCUUGAAAUGUAUGCAGAUUCACUAGCUAGAGACAAAACUAUGAUCGCCUUGAUGUAGUGAUCUGAAAUAUGAAAAAUUGCUCAUCUUAUCCCACUCUCCACUUCCAACAUGUUGAAGAUGAGAUGAUGUGCUGCUCUUCACCCCUAAUCUUCUGCUGCUACCCGGCUAUAUCAAAUCAACAAAACAAAAACUUGAACUACAAUCCUUAAUACCAACACUGACCGACCACAAAAUCUGAAAUGAAAUAUCUGAAUGUGACAAAAGGGAAUAUCUUUGAUGACUUGUUUAACCUGACUGUUUCUGACGCACCACAAUCUUUCCUAUCAUUUUUAAGUCCAGCCAAGUGUUGCAUUAAUUGAGUGUGUUCUUCAGUAUGUGUGUAGAAGAAGAAAUAUGUGAACAUGAUUUGACUUAGCACAAACAGGCCUCAGCUGACUGUGUAACAAAGAGCUAAAUAUAAGAUAAGACAAAUAUGAAAAAGUCAAACCGGUAACCCAGGCUUAAAGUGACACAGAUGCAGCUGCAGGUGAGAGGACACACCGUGUUCAUCUGUAAAUAUAAAAACUAUAAUCACAGUCAGUCAUGGGUAAAUAUAAUAUCAGUAUGAUGUGCGGCUUUCAUAAGUCCAUGUGUUAUGACAGCUCCAUCUGAUGACAAUGUGGAAUAUCUUCUGUAUCUCAAAGGCACAAAUGUUAGAGGGUUUCAGCUCUUCAGUCUUUGCAGUUGGAUCAUGAUAUACUAGGGCUGGGUGAUAUGGACCAAAAGUUAUACCCCGAAAGUAUAUUAUUGUACUUAUUUAGCUAUUUAUUGCUGAUCCUGCUGAUCUGUGAGUACUGACAAGGGAAUGUAGUUGUCUACUGGCUGCUAUUAAUGUCUUGCACUUGUCUGGUUUGUUUGUCUGCUGAUUUGUGUGUUUGGAUGGAUCAAACGGCAGGGUAACUGUGAACGGAAUUGACCUUAAGGGAUAAAUAAAGUUGUCUGAAUCUGAAUCUGAAUAUAUUUAGGCUGAAUAUUGAUAUACAAUAUAUAUCUCGAUAUUGUUGUUGCAAAGUGAGAGAAAAUGUUUAGUCACAGUCAAAGCUAAAUAUGACAUGUCACAAGUAGUUCUAUUUAAACUGACCGGAUGAAAUUAUGCUCAGCUGUUCAAAAAACAAUAAAAUGUAAUCAUAAAUACUGUAUAACUGCAGGAGUACCUUUUUUUUCUAAUUGUAGCUCCAUAAGGUGCACAUUUAAAUGAAAAAUAUAUCUUAAAUAAAAAUAGUCCAUAAGGUAAAAUGGGCAGAUCUUUUUUUGAAAUAAAUUUAUUUAUAUAAGAAAAGCAUCAACAUUUCGACGACCAUAAAUGGCCUAUUAAAAUCAAAUUGCAGAUUUUCUUUUUCUCUGUAACAAAUCCACAAAUGCAAACAACGAACACUACAAAAUAAUUAAAUAUGACAAACCCUAGUAAGGGCAGCACUUACAUAAAGACCGAACAAAAUAAAGUGCUCAGUUAAAGAAAAUUGUUUUUAAACAUCAUUUUGAGAUUACCUAUCUGUCUUUCAUAUCUUCUUAACAGUCUCAACCAGUUGCACAAGACUAUGACAGAUUAUGAACUCAGUAAACAUUUUCACUCUUCAAGCUGUAGGACUAGUAGCUUAUCAAAAUUUGUCCAGAAGAGGAAUAAGAAAAAAUGCACAGUAUAACAAUAGUGCCUCUGGGCUUUGCAUCGUGACUCUAAUUAAAUGGUAGCAAAAACUCCUUUCAGCCAGACAUGAUCAGUUGGUGGAGUGUGUGAUAAUGAAGAACAGAGUUUUUCCUUUGUUUAUAUGUGAUGAAGGAUUUAAAGUGGUUUCACGUUGAAGAGCACUCAAUUAAUGCUACCUUGUUUACAUACUGAAUGCACAAAAAGUCAAACUAUCUUAAUGUGAUUGUGGUUAAUUAUGCUGGAUGGUAUGCAAUUAAUACAGUUUGCAGUGAUGACAUGAGGUUUGCCUCUGUUUCACAGGUUGUGUCUUGGAUUAUCACCAUCUGGAUAUUUGGAUCACUAACGAUCUUCCUGCUGGCACGUGUUCUUGGGGGUGAGGUGAGUGUCUCAGACAUAUCUCAGUCAGAAAAAAUGAUAAUGUGAGUGUAAACUAAAGGAGACCUGUUUGUGAGCAGUCUUUUCUUGUUCCGUUGGCCAGGUUUCCUUUGGACAGGUUCUUGGUGUGAUUGGAUAUUCUCUCCUCCCCCUCAUCGUUAUCGCUCCUGUGCUCUUAGUGAUUGGAGGGUUUGAGGUGGUUUCAACACUAAUCAAAGUAAGAAAGAGGCUGUACAUCAACAAACAAUGUAUUAUUCUUCACAUUGUGUGACAGCUAUUGUGUGUGUGAUAACAGUUGUAGGGAGGUUAGGUCAAAGCCAAAUGACUGAGUAGUAAAUUACUCGAAUGACAGAAAGUAAACUGAGGUUUCUGUAAAUUACCUUCAGUUGAUUUUAGUGGUAAGUCUUGUCUGAGGAGGAUGCCUAAGUAGGGUUUUCUGAAAAAUCUGAACCUGCUGACUUUUGUACUCACCAUAAACUAACACUUUUCUUGAUUGUCCUGAGCUGUAAGCCGAAAUCAAAAUAGUCUUGCACCUGUGUUUUUCUGUGAUGCCUCUUUGUAUUGUAAUGUAUCUAAACUGUCUGCUGCCUGCUCUGUUCUUUCAGCUGUUUGGAGUCUUCUGGGCUGCUUACAGCGCUGCUUCACUGCUCGUCGGGGAUGAAUUUAAAACGAAGAAGCCGCUUCUCAUAUAUCCUAUAUUCCUUUUGUAUAUUUACUUCCUGUCACUAUAUACUGGUGUGUGACCGCUGGUGUAGAAGCCAUGGACCUUUUCAUUGACAGUGACCCUGGAGUACAGGGGAAAAGGAAUCAAACAAUGGACCCAGGACUUUUUUAAAAGGUGUUUAUUUCUUUUAUAACUCUGUUCAAAUGUAGAUGGUGGGGAUGUUGGGGAUAUAUAACAGUGUUUAUAGUUUUGUCCUUUAUGUCUUUGGUCAAUAAAAUACUAACUGCUUUUACAGCUUAAGGCUUUCAGUAUGCAGACUCGUUUACAGUUGCAAUACAAUUCCCCUAGUGCUGCAUUUACUUGUGGAUGAGGGAGCUUGAAAUAAUCAAAGUUAUUUAUUUAAUGAUUUCUUUGGUCUUCUCUCUACCCCUUUGAAAAAUGUGUUGCCAAAUAUUAGAGUGUACAUAAUCAAUGAAUAACCAUGCAGCACUACACAAAAUGAACGAGCAUUAUGUCCUCCAAUGUUACACAUUGUAAUGUACUAUGAGAAGUGUCCAUUGAUGCUUUCAGAUGUAUUUAUUUAUGAAUCGUAGCCGCAGAAGCGUGUGGACUGGGCAGAGAGAGAUAAAAACCAUCUUCUUCAAAUGUGGUGCCUAGUUUCCCCACCUUUGUGUCCUGUUAACUUUUUCAUUCAGGAGUAUAACCAUUGAUCAGUAAAUCAACACCUGUCACUUGAACAGCUGGUAUUUCAUGACUUAUUUGUGCAUUUUACAGCUAUAAUACAGCUUGUCACAGUAAUAUAUUAAACAGUUUUGUAAAUUACAGGCUCUGUAAGAUUGGUUAUAAAUGUCAUAAAUAUGAUCUGUCAAAUCUUACUCAUUACAUCAGUUAAAGCUUUUUCUGCUACAUCAGAAAACUUGCUAGACCUGCCUUUCACUGUUAAAGUUAUCUCCUCUAAUUUGAGAAAUGACAUAAUAUCAUUAAGGCACAGAAGAAGGUUUGGAGGAUUUCCAGAGAAGUGGGAUUCAACGCCUCAUUAAAAGAGAAGUAAAAGCUUAUACCUGUGAUUGUAUGGAAUUAAGUUGAACUUGAUCAAGUGAAAUUCCAGAUAUAGCAAAAAAGCGGUCCACCUUAACCUGAAUUCCUAGAACUCUUGACAAGUUCAUAAAAUUAUCACUCUAAAGUUGAUGUAGUCUAGGACAGAAAAAUAGCAUAUGACUCCAGUUACACAAAGAAGCAUGACAUCUAUCACAUUGAUCUGAAACAUGAGUAUAUAGUUCAGAAAAUCUAAAUUUGGUUAGUUUGGCCCUAUGCAAGACCUUGAACUGUGUUAGCUGCAGCCUGGCACAAGGCGUUCUUGAACUUGUGCUAUGCACCGCUUUAUCCCACCAUUGAUCAGUCAAAUUUACCCCUAAUUCAUGUUCCCAAGUCAUGGGUAGAGGGAAGGGAAGGACAACACGUAUAAACUGAGGAGGCACCUUGUCUAAUUUGAAAAUAAAGAAAUAAAUGGGAUUUGGGUAAAUUAAUAUUAGAAGAUAUUCAAAGGAAAAGAAAGUGCCAUCUUUAUAAAGGUCUUUAAAAGAUUAAAUACCUUGGUUCUGCCAAAAUAUAUAGGAUGUAUUAAAAGAUGGGGGAAGAGAUGGUUGUUCACUAUAGGCAUUGAAGAUGAAGGUGAUGUAUACUCAAAAUGGCAACUAAACGAGUACCAGAUCUUUUAAAAAGUAGAGCACCAAAGGGUUCUUGGAAAACUUUGAAGGAUUGAUAGGUAGUGAAUAUUUAAGUAGGUUAGCAGUUGAAAAUGAGAUACAUGACUGAGUCUCUAGCCUACACGGAAGGAGGUCAGGAGAUUACAGCCAGUAAAUUAAUUUACGAAUAUGGGCUGACCAAUAACAAAAAAGAAAAUUUGGUAAAUUAAGGCCUCCAUCAGAUUUAAAUGUGUGCAGUAAUGACUUUAUAUUAUUCUGGGGGAUUUGCCGACCUACAAAAAAGAUGUAAUAACUUGAUCAAGAGUUUAAACAUUUGCUUGGGUAAGAAAAAAAAUAGAAAAGAAAUAUGGGCAGGACAUUCAUCUUCACUGCGUUGAUUCUCCCAAUCAGUGAUAAGGGGAGAGAGCUCCAUCUUUGGAAAUCUGUUUUUCCAGAGGGAUAAUAUUACAUUGCCACAUGUGACUUCAUACUGGAGUCAAUUUAUGGGAAAUACUGUAUUGCAUGAAAACAGGCCUGGCUUUUAACUAAUAGAUACUUGAUCACAAAUAACGUUAAAGAAGUCUCCUUUAUACUCAUUCACAAAUUCUAUUCAGCAAGAGAUUACAUUAAAAAAAGAUUUUAAAAAGAAAUUGAAAGGAACUGCAGUUUUGUAAGGCAUGCCCUGAGACUGUUGUUCACUUAUUUUGGUAUUGUCCUGUUGUUAAAAGAUUUUGGCAGAGCUUGUGUAAUUUUGUUUCUGAGAAUAUUGAUGUUGAUUUUGUUUUACUGUGGAAGAAUGUUGUGUUUGGUAUCUUGAAAAAAUGAUAAUGUACAGAAAAGAACACACAUACAGUAUGGAUUAUCAAUUUUAUUCUUAUAAUGGCCAAGUCUCAUAUUCAUCGUUGUAAAUUCACAAACAGGAAACCCCACUUUAUUGCCUUUGAUAAUGAGAUCUGACAAUACAUUCACUCAAUCAAAUAUGCUGAAAAACCCAAAGCAAUGAAAACUAUUACUGCCUGCACUUUGUUUAAUAUCUUUCGAUAGCUUCUAUAUGGUUUGCUUGUACGUGUUCUUGCGAUGUUCUUUCUGAUACACUUUUUUCUUUUUUUUUUUCUCUUUUCUGUUUCUACAAUAUGGACUUUGCAUUACCUGAUUACAUAUAUAUUUGUCCUUUGUAAUUACAACAGAUGAUAAUAAAGUUGUUAAAAAAAAAAAAAAAAGCUUUAGCUCUGCUGAGAGGGACACAACUGCAGCGCAAGAUGGCGGACCCAAAAGAUGAACUUCCGCAAUGAACUUCUGCAUUACCUCCGAUUGGCGGACCCAAAAGAAUUACCUUCCGGCGGAUGGGCUUUCUCGUUGGCAGACUUCCGGCGCCGAAAUAUUUCGCCAAAAGUUUGUUUUUUGG